CAACCAGUAAGUGGCAGUAUUUGACGAACAAGAUUUUUUUUCCAAAAUGGGCAUCUUAUGGACUUUGGCAGUGUCGAUAUUCAUUUUUGGGUUUGGCAAGACAGUGCCGGCCGAACAAAUUGACGAAGCAUCUCCUGAUGGGUUGCUGGAUGGAGUUGUUAACGCCACCCUCAACACUAUAAUAGGCAACCUUCCAGAUCCUCUGAGUUUUGCCGAUAUAGUUAUCAAUUCUGAUAGCGAUAUACUGAGCGGUUAUAUCAACAUAACCAAGGUCGAAGUGGAUGGUCUGAAAGAAAUCUAUGCACCCUUAGUAGACGCUGGUUUAAGUUUGGCCGUUAAUUUGACAUUAGUUUUGCCAAAGGUCACAUUAGACGUAGAAUUUGAUGCCGACAGCACUUUUGUAAAAUUAUUACAUUUUUGGGGGCAACAUAGUUCUGUCAGUUUUACACUGGUAAAUGCACAAGUAUGGAUUUAUGGGCAGGCUGACAUUAGCAACGGAUUGAGUAUUAAGGAUGCAACAAUUGGAUUUCUAAAUAUCGACAAACUGCAAUUUCAAUUCAGUAAUAUCCUAAACGAUGAUGAGUUCUCGGAUUUGCUAAAUGAUCUGUUGGGAAAGGAUUUUUCCGACCUCUUUAACGACAACGUCGAAUAUAUAAGCAGAAUAUUGACCGAUAUCUUCAAAAUCAUUUCCGGUGGAGGUUCCUCUACGGAAGUAGCGAACGAGGUCGUUUCGUUAAUAUGCGCAAGAAUACUGGAAACCGACUCCAGUCAAUACCUGAGGAAACUGAUUGGAAUGCAAAAUUUGAUGUAACAAAAUUUAAAAGUGCAACAACAAAUGUAAUAAAAGUAUGGCUUAACGCUUAGACUUUGUCCGUUUCUGUCAUGUUUUGGAAAUUGGCCAAAAUAUUUUUUUAAAUGUCUAGCUGUCAAAUUUCUUUCCAAUCUCUCUGACUUUAUGCUUUUUUUCUGCAGUCCACAAUUUUUUUUUUGCCUUUAUGCCCUCUUAUGUCCUCUUUCCUUCAGGCACUUACACUAUUGUUUUUACUGUACUCUUUUCUUCUACUCUCUAAAGCUGUCCCACCCAUUGCCUUCCCUAAAAAAUAAAAUAACUUAGAAAGUUGCACAGAUGUAACAGAAGUAUAUCAUCCAUAAAUGGGUAAAAAAGUAAAUUUAUAUUACUUCAUUGUAAUUAUUAUGAUUUUUACGAACU